GCCAGGACGUGCGAGAGGCGACGGCGCAGCACGGUGCGGCGCAGCCCCAGCUCCCUUUUUCCCCUUGCUGGGCGUGAGGUGUCUAUGGGGCACCCGCUGCUGCCGCCGCUACCGCCACCGCCACCGCCGCUGGUUGCUGUCUCUAUGGCGAGGAGGAGGAGGAGGAGCGCGAGCUCAGCGACACAAGUACAAAAAUAAAGGAUAAAGUAUUUUAUGAAACAAAUCUUCAAUCAAGUAUAACAUUUUGAUGCUUGGCAUCUAGACUUCUUGUGCCCUCACUAUGCCAGCAGCAACUGUAGAUCAUAGCCAAAGAAUUUGUGAAGUUUGGGCUUGCAACCUGGAUGAAGAGAUGAAGAAAAUUCGUCAAGUUAUCAGAAAAUAUAAUUACGUUGCUAUGGACACCGAGUUUCCAGGUGUGGUUGCAAGACCUAUUGGAGAAUUCAGGAGCAAUGCUGACUAUCAGUACCAACUAUUGCGAUGUAAUGUAGACUUGUUAAAGAUAAUUCAGCUAGGACUGACAUUUAUGAAUGAGCAAGGAGAAUAUCCUCCAGGAACUUCAACUUGGCAGUUUAAUUUUAAAUUUAAUUUGACGGAGGACAUGUAUGCCCAGGACUCUAUAGAGCUACUAACAACAUCUGGCAUCCAGUUUAAAAAACAUGAGGAGGAAGGAAUUGAGACCCAGUACUUUGCAGAACUUCUUAUGACGUCGGGAGUGGUCCUCUGCGAAGGGGUCAAAUGGUUAUCAUUUCAUAGUGGUUAUGACUUUGGCUAUUUAAUCAAAAUCCUGACCAACUCUAACUUGCCUGAAGAAGAACUUGACUUCUUUGAGAUCCUUCGAUUAUUUUUUCCUGUCAUUUAUGAUGUGAAGUACCUCAUGAAGAGCUGCAAAAAUCUCAAAGGUGGUUUACAGGAAGUUGCUGAACAGUUAGAGCUGGAACGGAUAGGACCACAGCAUCAAGCGGGAUCUGAUUCAUUGCUCACAGGAAUGGCCUUUUUCAAAAUGAGAGAAAUGUUCUUUGAAGAUCAUAUUGAUGAUGCCAAAUAUUGUGGUCAUUUGUAUGGCCUUGGUUCUGGUUCAUCCUAUGUACAGAAUGGCACAGGGAAUGCAUAUGAAGAGGAAGCCAACAAGCAGUCAUGACAUGAAAUAGUCCUUUUAUUUUUAUUUGAGCUACACACAAACUUGUAUAUAGGUUUUAUCUCUCGUUGAAUCCCUUGAACAAUAGAUAUUACUAUUUUUUUUUCUUUCAUAGCCCAUUUUAUUUUCUGCCUUUCAGUACUAGUAUGACCAUUCCUAUCUCAGAUCUUAAUAAAUAGAAAAGCAUUCAGGUUAAAUUUGGCCUUAACUUAAUAUACUUGUUAGCAGGCAUGUGUGACAGAGAGUGGGGAAACCCGCAUCAUACUGAAUAUUUUGAUAAACUUCACCUGCUUGGGCUUGGUUUGUUUUUCCCCCUUCCUAAAUUAACUAGCACUGACUGUAAUUUAUUUCCCUGUUUCAUGUCUCCCUUCUAUUCUGCAGGAGUUUUAGCUAUUUGAGAUUGUGGACCAUCAAUUUUGCACUUUAGAGAGUGAUUCUGACUCAAAUCCUCUGUUUUAUCAGAAAUUUUGGCUUUUCUUGCUCUUAGCUGGAAAAAUGACCAUCUGCCAACCUUAUACAGUAUUUACUUGUUUUUGACCCACGGAAAUAGCACAUGCAUUGUGCAAACGGUUGAUUCAGCAAGACUACAAAAAAAAAAUGAACAAAAAACUACUGAGAGCUUAGUAACUGCUGUUUCUGUACGUAGUGUUUAAUCUUCCAAGCACAUCUAGUGUCUGUCAGUUUCUCAUUGGCAUGUGUAGGCUGCUCUGUGACUGAAGAAUUUUUCAAACCAGCUUUACACCCUUCAGGAAAAAUCCCUUGUGAUUGGAUGUUUAAUGUCUGCCAGGAAACUGGCAUCCAAGAUAAUUGAAGCCGCCAUUAUUUUAUGAUAGCACACUUCCCUUUGAUCUGCUUCUUCUUAUUCUGUCACUGUUUACCUUAUUUUUAAUUUUUUAAACAUUUUAUAGCCAUACUUAUGAUGCUCUUGCUUUGUUGAUUCCACAAAUCAAUUUCAUUAAAGUCCAAAGAUAGCAAGUCUUUAGGUAUAUAUUGUACCAAAUUAAAUUAGAAGAAAAAAAAUUGUGCUUUCAUAGUUGUCACAAAGAUAAAUAAUGAAGAGAUUUGGUGCAAAACAACAAAACACAAAAAUAUAUUCUAUAUAUAAAGCCAUAUAUGUGUGUGUGUAUAUAUAUAUAUGGCUAUAUAUAUAUAGCUAAUUAAAAUUACCUGAGGAGUGUAAUGCUUGUUUAUUUUUUUGUGUAUAUCUUUGCAAUCUAUUUUAUAUAUAUUGACAAAAGAGAUUGAAAUAUUUAGCCAUGAAGAAUAUGUGACCAGACCAGAGCAUGUGUAGGAAGACAUUUUGGUAAUCAUUAACUCUUCCCUGAAAUGAUAGACUACAAGUUAUGAUGUGUGUUACCUACAUUUGAAUCAGUAAUACUAGCAAAUCUUAAAAUGUUAGCCACAUUGGUUUGUUUUCUUUGUACAUUAUUCAUUAUAUUACAAUGCUGUAACUGGGUGGUCCUUUUUAAACAAAACGUUAUUUGCAAAACAGAGGGUAUUAUUUGUUUUUAAAGCUUUUGUAAAUAAAGCCUUCAGAAAUGUU